AUGUACGCCGCUCAGAAUAUAACGCCAACAGUUUUGGAUGCCAUGAACGGAAAUGUUUCCGAAUGGUAUAACGAAUGCGACAAUGCCAUUAGAAGGUCAGAAAUAGUUCCUGGAACUUACGAAUAUACAACUGCUGUUUCUUAUGGAAAUGUAGGUGAGUUUGGAGAAGGUUCUUCAACAACAGUAGAUAUUGCUUGCGACAGGUUUCAUAUUAUUUCUAUUGACAACUCAUUCUUAUACGUGGAACAAGACAUUGAAAUAAAACCUUCUGCUGACUUGAGAGGUAAGAAAGGUUGCAAUGGAAUUUUCUAUGUCGGAUACCAAUAUGCUCCAGAAGUUUUCAUGGGAUAUAAGAUAUAUUCUAACUCUGACUUAGUUCAAACAGUAACAUGGGCAAACUAUGAAUGGUUCGCUUUGAGAAACUCAGUACAACCACAAGCUAGAGAACAAACAGACCAGUAUGCAACUAUUGAGAAAAUAAGAAGACUUGACCCUAACGUUCCAGGAGUUUAUGUUAACCUUUCUGGUUCAGAUGGAACUGCUGCAACUAAAGUAAAACUGAAACUUAGAGUUCCUUUGUCAUCUUUCCUCAUCUUCAG